UUCCUGCUAAGAUGCGGAACGUCACAUUAAUUUUCGUUGCCGUUGUUAUGGCAUUGUACCUCGCAGUAGAUGUGACUGGAGUCGUGAGAUGCAAGGGAAAACCUGCGUCCCCAAAGUGUAUUGGAAACCUCGAUGGCGGUAAUAACCGCAGAAGGAGGUGCAAGGACUCGGCCAAUAAGGAUAUGUGGCAUUAUAAUGCAGUGACCAGAAACUGCACUAAAUUUAAAUACCUUGGCUGCGGCGGUAAUGAUAAUCGCUGGUGCUCACAAGUGCUGUGCGAGGCCUGCCGACCAAGAGUAUAA